AUGCGGAUAGUUUCAUCCUGUCGUGAAAACGGGCCAUUAGCUUUGAGACAUUCUCAUAUGCCUUCAGGAUAUUGGCCACUCGCUGCUCCAUACCUGACGUUUGCCUUCCACUCUCAUGGUCAAGUCCAACAGACAACAGACACCCGAGGCAUGGAUAUCAUGGCAUGCGACAAAAUCCGUGGCUCGACGGAGCGCUUCCUGGCUCCUGAGACGUGGUUACGUUGGGGAGGCCAUGAUGCCAAGGUGGAUGAGGAUGAGGAAGAGCCGGAGGACACAGACCGAUCGGGGACGACAUCAGAAGUGAACAACGGCAAUCAUCUUUCAAGAGCAGGAAAAAAGAUAGCCGUGACUCCACCUCCAUUUCCUCUAAGCGCCACCCCACCCUCAGCCUCGUCAGCCUCGUCAGUAGCGAGUCUAGACACCACUUGGCCCCUGAUUCUUUGA